AUGGGGAUGGAAUCUGGGAGAAGGGGAUGGAAUCUGGGAGAAGGGGAUGGAAUGAGGGAGAAGGGGAUGGAAUCUGGGAGAAGGGGAUGGAAUCUGGGUAAAGGGGAUGGAAUCUGGGAGAAGGGGAUGGAAUCUGGGAGAAGGGGAUGGAAUCUGAAAGAAGGGGAUGGAAUCUGGGAGAAGGGGAUGGAAUCUGGCAGAAGGGGAUGGAAUCCGGGAGAAGGGGAUGGAAUCUGGGAGAAGGGGAUGGAAUCGGGGGAAGGGGAUGGAAUCUGGGAGAAGGGGAUGGAGUCUGGGAGAAGGGGAUGGAAUCUGGGAGAAGGGGAUGGAAUCAGGGAGAAGGGGAUGGAAUCUAGGAGAAGGGGAUGGAAUCUGGGAGAAGGGGAUGGAAUCAAGGAGAAGGGAUGGAAUCUGGGAGAAUGGGAUGGAAUGAGGGAGAAGGGGAUGGAAUCUGGGAGAAGGGGAUGGAAUCUGGUAGAAAGGAUGGAAUCUGAGAGAAGGGGAUGGAAUCAGGGAGAAGGGGAUGGAAUUUGGGAGAAGGGGAUGGAAUCUGGGAGAAGGGGAUGGAAUCUGGGAGAAGGGGAUGGAAUCUGGGAGAAGGGGGUGGAAUCUGGGAGAAGGGGAUGGAAUCUAGGAGAAGGGGAUGGAGUCAGGGAGAAGGGGAUGGAAUCUGGGAGAAGGGGAUGGAAUCUGGGAGAAGGGGAUGGAAUCUCGGAGAAGGGGAUAGAAUCUGGGAGAAGGGGAUGGAAUCUGGGAGAAGGGGAUUCAAUUAGGGAGAAGGGGAUGGAAUUUAGGGGAAGGGGAUGGAAUCUGGGAGAAGGGGAUGGAAUCUGGGAGAUGGGGAUGGAAUCUGGGAGAAGGGGAUGGAAUCUGGGAGAAGGGGAUGGAAUGAGGGAGGAGGGGAUGGAAUCUGGGAGAAGGGGAUGGAAUCUGGGGAGAAGGGGAUGGAAUCAGGGAGAAGGGGAUGGAAUCUUGGAGAAGGGGGUGGAAUCUGGGAGAAGGGGAUGGAAUCUGGGAGAAGGGGAUGGAAUCAGGGAGAAGGGGAUGGAAUCUGGGAGAAGGGGAUGGAAUCUGGGAGAAGGGGAUGUAAUCUCGGAGAAGGGGAUAGAAUCUGGGAGAAGAGGAUGGAAUCUGGGAGAAGGGGAUGCAAUUAGGGAGAAGGGGAUGGAAUUUAGGGGAAGGGGAUGGAAUCUGGGAGAAGGGGAUGGAAUCUGGGAGAUGGGGAUGGAAUCUUGGAGAAGGGGAUGGAAUCUGGGAGAAGGGGAUGGAAUGAGGGAGAAGGGGAUGGAAUCUGGGAGAAGGGGAUGGAAUGUGGGUAAAGGGGAUGGAAUCUGGGAGAAGGGGAUGGAAUCUGGGAGAAGGGGAUGGAAUCUGGGAGAAGGGGAUGGAAUCUGGGAGAAGGGGAUGGAAUCUGGGAGAAGGGGAUGGAAUCAGGGAGAAGGGGAUGGAAUCAGGGAGAAGGGGAUGGAAUCUGGGAGAAGGGGAUGGAAUCUGGGACAAGGGGAUGGAAUCUGGGAGAAUGGGAUGGAAUGA